UGCCGCUGCUGGGAGACGUCAUGGACGUAUUUUUGGCUGCAGCAGGAGUUGGGUUAAAGGCAGAGUGACUUUGUGCAGCUCCUCAUCCUGAGCCGCCUCCUUCCUGAGCCUGGGCUUGCGUUCGCGAUGACUCUAGGGAACAUGGAGAGCGUUGUUCUGUUUGAUGCCGGGGCCAAAGGUCGAGGCCUAAAGGCCAAGAAGGAGCUGAGUCCCGGGGAAGUGGUGUUUGCUGAGCCCAGCUUCGCGGCUGUGGUCUUUGACAGUUUGGCCACUCAGGUUUGCCACAGCUGUUUCCGGCAGAAGGCCAACUUGCACAGAUGUGCUCAGUGCAAGUUUGCCCACUACUGCGACCGUACGUGCCAGACUGCAUGCUGGGAGGAACACAAGCAGGAAUGUGCAGCCAUCAAGAAGAUCAUCACUGCGCCGAGCCAGAGCGUCCGUCUGGCAGCUCGUGUGCUGUGGCGCAUACACAGGAGCACGGGCCUGGCGUCGGACACUCAGCUGAUCCCGGUGGACCAGCUGGAGGACCACGUGGCCGACAUGUCCCACGACGACCGCGAGCGGCUCAGGACCGACGUGUACGGUUUCCUGGAGUACUGGUCCUGUGGGAGGAAGCAACACUCCGUCGACUACAUCUCCAAGAUCUUUGGCAUCAUCCAGUGCAACGCCUUCACGCUCAGCGACCAGAGAGGCCUGCGGGCUGUUGGGAUGGGGCUCUUCCCCAACCUCUGCCUGGUCAACCAUGACUGCUGGCCCAACUGCACUGUCAUCCUCAACCACGGCAAUCAGUCGGCUGUGAGCGCUGCCUUCCACUCUCAGAGCAGGAUUGAGCUGCGAGCCCUGGGGAGGAUCCCAGAGGGCGAGGAGCUGACCGUCGCCUACGUGGACUUUCUGGACCUGUCUGCUGAACGCAGGAAGAAGCUGAAGGAGCGAUUCUUCUUCGAGUGCGCCUGCCAGCACUGCAGCCAGCACACGAGGGACGACCUGAUGAUGGCCGCUGCAGACAGCAAACCCGCGGCCGACAAGGUGAAGGAGGUGACGGCCUUCAGCAAAGAGUGUCUGGAGAGGAUUGAGAAGUGUCGCAUUAACGGGAACUACCACGAGGUGGUGAAGCUGUGCCACGAAUGCCUGGAGAAGCAGGAGAACGUCCUGGCCGACACUCACCUGUACAAGCUGCGUGUGCUCAGCGUGGCCAGCGAGGCGCUCUCGUACCUGAGGUCCUUCACGGAGGCCGCAGGCUACGCCCACAGGAUGGUGGAGGGAUACAGGAAGCUGUACCACCCAAACAACGCCCAGCUGGGCAUGGCCACGAUGCGUGCAGGCGUCACCCACUGGCACGCCGGCCAGAUUGAGGAGGGCCACAGCCUGAUCUGCCAGGCCUACGGCCUCCUCAUGGUCACCCACGGCCCCAACCACUCCAUCACCAAGGACCUGGAGUCCAUCCGUGCGCAGACGGAGCUGGAGCUGAAGAUGUUCAGGCAGGAUGAGGACGCCUACCACACCAUGAGGGAGGCGGCGUUCCAGAAGCAGCCGAUCGCUUGCAGCAUCUCUGCUGAAGAGUCCAAAGGCUCCAUACGCAAGCUGUGAUCAUCCUCACCGGCACAGAACAGGCCAUAACUGAUGCAGAACCUGUCGCUGCACCAGUUAUGGCGUGUGGAUGUAUUUACAGUGUCUACAAUACAUAGAGACGUGCUGA